ACCAACCCCGUGAUUUUGGCGGGCGUAAUUUAAGAGCGCCUACCGUCCCAGGGGGCGCUUUAGACACGGCUGUUGCGCAAUAACAGCGCGCUCGCCUUCCCGACGAGCGCAUCGUUCGAAUUUCCCGCCUCAGAAUUCCGCAGUGACAUCAAAGCCGGCUAGGAGCUCUGUCGCACGUGCUCACAAUGUUUUUCGAAUAAUUUUUCAUUGAAAAUGAACGAUUUCGCAAAAAUUCGACUACUAGGUUCUUGGGCAGGGCUCGCGGAUGCUUUCGCCCACAACCGAUUCGCUAAAUUCGCGUUUAGCUCGUGCUGCUCAUGAGUUCGGUGAGCUCCAGGUACGAAAGUCCGCGCGACGAGCGCCAAAUGUUUUGGUUGCGGGGCUGCACCCACUGGCUACUGCGAUCGGUUGCUGCUGCUGCUGCUGCUGCUAUUGGGAUGGCUGUUCAGGAGCUCAAUUGUCUAGCACAGGCAGUUGCUGUUGCUAGCAUGGCUGCCACCGAGACCCAACGUUUUGGCCUAAACGUCGUGCUUCGGAAGUUCCCUGAGCCGCGACCGAGGACCUACCCAGUGUACGACAGGCUACAGCAAACCGUACGAUACUCGCAGGUUCUCAAUGACGACCAGUUGACGUCACUGAUUCUGAAGGAAAAAGAGAUUUGGGACGUUUUAGGGGUCGCGCGUAGCCUCCACAUUAUACGACUAGACGAGUCUCGAUCGGCUGUUAUCUUCGGUGAGGAUCGGGACCACCUGCAAACGGUAGUCAGUCGCCUCGUGCCACGAUCUUUGCCACCCGACCAUGUUAGGAGCUACCUGGCGCAGAUGUGCGCCAUCUGCGAAGACCUUCAUGCGCGAGGCUUUACACUUCAGGGCGCACUGCAGCUUAGCUCGUUCGCACUCGACAAAUGCGAUCAUGUAUUCCUGCUUAGUUCAACCGGCGUCCAGAAGGCGAGUAACUGGCGGCCGGUAAGCCUCAACCCGCAAUAUACCGCCCCCGAGGUGUUACGGCAAUCGUUACAGCUGCGUGAGGACGUCCUCGAACACCAACGGCUGCAUCAGGCUUCGCCCUUUUCCACUCCGUACAACUCCUUCUCCUGUGAUACAUUGUUUCAUGCCGAUGCCUAUAGCGUGGGCAUCUGCGGAUUAGUUAUGGCUACUGGGAAGAGACCCUUCCGUAUAAAUGUUGGACGUUCAACAACGGCUGAGGACUGGAUACAAAUGACCAAUCGGCUUGUUCUUGAGAUACCCAACGAUCUCGCCAAAGAUUUGAGGUGUCUGCUUUCUCAUCUACUACUGUUAAAUCCUGAGCGGAGGAUGAGUGUCAGUGAAGCCUUACAUCAUCCUGCACUUCACGCGUUCGUGGGUCAUUUACGUAGGAGUCCAACUGUAACAACACCUCCAUUCCUUAGUUUUAUGCAGACGACCACACCGACGACAGCAGCAACAGCAAAAACAACCGAAAACAGCCAAGACAAACAGCAGCGACAACGGCACGCUAUGAUUAGCAACGUUACUGUAGACUCUGUUAACACGGAGGUUUUAAUUCCCCAGACGAUCGACCACACGAGCAAUAACAGUAACCGGAACAAUAACUGUCGUAUUGAUCCUGAUCCUCUCAGCCUAAAUGAGGCCAUUAUGCCAGCCUCGCCGGAGGGCAGCGAUCAGGACGAGGCUUGCUGUGAAGCGAAUGAAAUAUCUGGCGGCCGUGAAUGUCAGCAACGAGCAGAUAUUGACAAGGCGGUUCUUCCGGCGGACCGUGCCGAGCUCGUUACAUUUGUUGUUGAUGCUGUAGGUAGCAGCAAUGGCGACGACGACGACAACAACAAUAACAACACUGAUGAGACCUUAACAUCUCUAUCGCUUACCGCAUUGCCGAUUUCCACCCGACGGGAACAUUUCGUUCGCGAGGAUAUCAUACAGCAGCAGCCGCAGCAGAAUGCAGUGUCUCCGCAGAAACUUCUGCUCUCUCAGGACCGGCCGACGCCUGACUGUUGUGCCGAGGCAGUGGCGGAGUCAGGCCGACAGGACGGUUUUGUCGUAGCUGUCGAGAAUUGUUCACCAACGUCAGUGUCUUCAGUGCGACAACGGUCUUUGGCGGGACACACCGAGGACGUGACACCAGAAGAUAGUGACGUUGGAUCUGUUGAAAAUUGUGACGUCGAGCUAUUGCAACAGCAGCAGUGGCAGCAGCAACAACAACAACAACAGGCGCCGCUUCACCAGGAAAACCAAUUUCGGCAGCGGAGUGACGGUUACCCCGAACGAGAUCGAAAGGAAGCGUCUGGCGUCAGGAUCGCUGCUGUUCCAACAACUAGAAUUGUUUCCGGUGCCACGGCCGUAUCGAUUAGCAACACUGCAGCUAAAGGCACCAGCGAACGGACCACACACAAAGCCAAUAGCAUGUUGUGAUGGCCAAAAUAUAAUAGAUCUCAAAAAGUAAAAAUCACAAAAAAACACUAAUACUUUCAAACACAUACAAAGCGUGAGACAUAUGGAAUGACGGUGAUAGUGAAGACCGAGCCAUUAUCGACGUCUAAUGUGGGUAAUUGAUGAGGUCGUUGCUAACAAUAAUGUGAGAAAAAAGCAGAUACAGCGAAAGAAGGACCCAGAGAAAAAGAGCGAGAGUGCGAGUGCGAGAGAGAUAGAGAACGAGUGAGUGAGUGAGAGAGAG